ACCAAAUCCUUUCAGACGUCUUCUGUGUAUGUAUAUAAAAGAGUCCCCAAACCAAAACGAUCUUGAAACAGAGCACGGCUUGAAAACAGAGCUAAACCUUAACUUCCCCUGCAGUACUGGCAUUCUAGAGUUUUCAAACAGAGAGAUCAAAGAUGGGUUAUGGCUGGUUCAUCACUGGCUUCAUAUGGGCUCUGGCACUGUUUACAGUUCUGGAAUGGAAGAUUUGUUAUGGCUGUUGGGAACAAGAACGAAUCAGUCUCCUCCGAAUCAAAGCCUCGCUCGAUAAUCCGCCGUCUCUGAGCAGUUGGAGGAGCGCGAAGGGAACAAACAGUUCCGACUGUUGCCUCUGGGAUGGAGUUGGUUGCAAUCCCACCACAGGGAAAGUAGCUGAUCUCCUUUUUUAUUAUCCAGCGAAGCCGGAUAUCAAUGCUUCUCUGUUUCUGCCUUUCCAGGAAUUGAGACGGCUUACACUACAAGGCGUUCAUAUCAUUGGCUGCAUCCAGAAUCAAGGGUGGCCGAAUUUGGAAAGUUUGGUCAUAUAUUCUUCGUCCAUUUCAUGCACCAACUCCCUUGAAACAGUUGCCGCCGCCAUGAAC